AUGAUAGUUGCUAAAGAAUCUUACAGGGGAGAAGAAGAUGCCUCCAUCGAUCUCUCAGAUGAUAGGUAUCCACACGAUGAAGAAGCGGAAGAAACUCUCUCGCUGUGCGACCUUCCAGGUUACAGCGAUGAAUCAAAAUGCGAUGAUUACUCCAAGCAGGAUCAGAGCGCUUCGUUCGACAACGAAGAUACAUUGUUCGAGUUUUUCAGCGACGAUUUCUCUGUUUCUGAUUCAGCAUAUUCUGGAUCUGAUAGCAUAAUCUUCUGCGGGAAACUGAUUCCUUACAAACAGCCGUGCGAUUCACAAAACAAAGGAAGAAUCGCAUCGGAGAAAAUUUCCGGAAAGAAUCGUCAAUUUCGUACGAAAUCACAAUCGUUCGAUGCAAGAAAAUCGCCUACGAUUGACGCAAGAGGUCGCGAGAUCACUUGUGCGAGAACGAAGAGAGGGGUUAAAAACUUCGAUUCGCUUUCCAUUGCACUACCGAAGAAUCCGGAGUACAUCAAACGAAAGAGAUGCUGUAAAUUGAAGAAAUACGACUUACAGGCGGAGAGAGCGAUGAUACUGCAAUCGUCGCCAACGAAAUCGCGCUGGUUCUUGUUUCUGUUUGGUAGCGCGAGGUUGCCGAAGGAGAUGGAACUGAGUGAUAUGAGGACAAGGCAACGACGGAGCAGUCGGCCGGCAAUGUUCCGGUCGCCGGAUGAGAGGAAAGUUGCAAGAGGAAGAAGUGGAAAGAAGACGACGGUUCAUGAGUUGUGGAAGGUUCUCAAGGCUCUGGUAAUGGGCUGCAGGAGCAAUGAUCAAAACGCCGCCGUAAAGGGUUCUUUCCGUCCAUUCCAUUCGUCUGAUGCUGGAAAGUCGAUUUUGUAG